UAUUCCUCUCACAUACAGUAUCCAGGGCGCCCAAUCAUGGCAGAGUCCCUUCCGCAGGAGCUCAUUGAUGCGAUAAUCGACGAAGUCCACAGCCCCAGUGAUCUCAGAGCAUGCUCGCUCACAUCUCGCGCUUUCUCCUCGCGCACCCGUGCAAUUCUCUUCCGCCAUAUCAAACUGAAGGGAUCGCAACUCAACUCGGACGGGGUCCAGAAAUUACACGAACUGUGUAUGGCAUUUCCACAUAUCCCUCCGCUUGUACAGACCCUCUGCGUCAACGGCCACCGCGGUAGCUCCACCUUCCUUGCUGUGUUCGACAUCAUCAGCUGUAUCCUCCAGUUCAUGCAGAAUCUCAAAGUUCUCAAAUUCGACCACGUCACUAUCGGCAAUUUCUGCGACGAAUCGCUAGCGCAGCUCUCAACCCACUCUUUCCGUGAAAUACACCUUAUUAACGUCAUCUUUCACGAGAAUGGGUUCGAGCAGUUGUGCGCCGUGCUACAGAGAUCACCGGGCUUGGAACGGCUACUUGUACAUCACACUCAUAGUGUCUCGAUGAUUGGGGGCGGCACAACCACCCAUCUAAAAUUGGACCACUUGCCCAUUUUAUCGAAACGAUCUUGGAGACGAAAACCUGCCCCGUGUCUAUUGAAGAACUACGAUCGUUUGAAUUCACUCUUUACAAGGCCGCCGACGUCCAGCAUCUCGCUAGAAUCCUCAAACUGACCUUGAGCUCUCUUCGAGUUCUCUUGCUCAACGUCGCUGCACAGAGUUCUUUUCUUUUGGGCGGGCUUCCUCUCUUCAGAAUUGGACAUUUGAGAGAAGUUAC